UUCUACGCAGUUGGAAAAGCUACAUCAGACGCGCUUCGUGAUCUUUGUAAGAAGACUCCUCCGCACUCACCUAGAGAUAUCCGAGGCGGCUCAGAGACCGGGACUGCAGAACACCUCGCAGGAUUCAUACUCAAGGAUCUUCCCUCGGGUGAGACAGGCAGAAAGCUUCUCUACCUCACUGGGGAUAAGAAUCGUGACCCAUUGCCGAGGAUUCUGGAGUCGGGAGGUGUUAUAUUACAUAAACCCUCUCCAGGUCUAUGCCACACAAGGUUUCCUCAAGAGCUAUUGCUUGCCUUGGAAUAUGCCAAAGGAAAGUGGGAGGGUUUAUCCUGGGGAUGGAUUGUCCACUUCGCCCCUUCAGUAGCUGAAUUCGUGACGCCAAUCUCACGGACCCACUUCGUCCUGCCUGCGGUCAAUUCGAGCGUGGAGGAUUGUGGUGAACUUUCGGGGCAUCAUCACCUAGUCAAAGUUGCUGCGAUAGGUCCCACUACGGAAUCCUUUCUCCAGCAGACUUUGAAGUUGUCAGUCACAAUAACCACAAGAAAUCCCAACGCGGGGGAUCUUGCUGAUGCGGUCCUUCAAUAUGAUAGUACAAUGACAUACGGCACUUAA